AUGGAGUUUGGUAAGAAUACCUCAACGGGCAUCUUGAAUAUCAGCAAUCCUAAAAUCUAUUCUACUGGUAUUCUACAGCUGGACGAAUUGCAACGGCGUAUCCAUCUGAAGAGCAGUGAAUGCACCAGGGAACAAGAGAAAGUGAAACAACUGCGUGAUCAUAUGCAUGCAGUGAGACAGGAAAUCGACAAUUGUGCCAGUCUGAUCGAACUGCGUGAGAGUAAUAUUGAAGCAGAAAAACAUCAGCAAAAAAUCAUUGAACGUGAGGAGGGCAGAAUGAAAGUGGAACUGGAGAAACUGAAAAACUUGCGCGAGGAAGUUCGUGAACGUAAAUGCUGUUUAGAGAAUUUAGCAUUCACAAAACGAACCGAGCUGGAGAAUGCUACACGCAAAAUGACUCAGGAUAAACAAGGACUGAAUGAAUGGAUGAGUAAAAUUGAGGAACGAGACGAGGAUAUGAUGAUAAUGAAAAAGUACAUUCGCCAGGAUGAUUCCAAAAUCAAAGAGCUGGAAUUGGAAAUGCAGCGUUUGACGGACAAUUUACGUGAGAAAAAGACCAAAUUGGAUAACAUCUAUAUUAAAACGCAGACCAAUCAGGUCGCAUUGGAUCGAGCCAGUGAAGAGGCUCGAAUCGCGUACAACGAGCGAGACAAGUUGAUUGCACAAUGGGAACAAGUGAUCAAUAGAAUGCGUGAACGGGAUGAGGAACUGCGACAGUUUGCCCAGCGUUUGAAUGAAAUGCAUUUCACCGUGGAUGAACAAGAACUGGCACUUCGAGAACGCGAGGAAUUUUUGCAAACACAAAAGGAGAUCACGACCGAGGCUGAACGACGUCUGGUGGAGACAACCGGCGAGAUUGCGAAACACAAACUGGAAAUGACCGAAAGCGAUUUGAAACGCAUGAAUUUCCUCAGUGAACUGGAAGCGUUGAAACGAACUGUGGAUAAGAUGGCGAGUGAACUGGAAUCGAUACGAACAAAAACGUCCCAACUGAAGAAAGAAAAAUUGCAAAAGACUCAGAAGCUUGCAGCACUUCAACAACUGUCUGCAGACCUAACCGAGAAACUGGACUAUGUGACCCAAAGCAAAUUGACUGUUGAACAACUGGCCCAAGAGGCGGACGCCCGUCUGUUGGCUGACGAAUCCAACUACGAGGCGUUGGCCAAGUAUUUGAAUCAGUUGCACGAAAUCAGUCACCAUCAAAUGAAUAAUUAUUCUACGGUAUCGGUAUUGUUGGUGAAUCUGUGCUCAUAUUUUAUCGUGCUUUUACAACCCAGUCACCAAUUUGAAGAGUUGAAAAGCAAAUCGAAAAUUCUGGAACAACAAUUUGAAGGCGCACGUGCUUCGUUACGAAUGUUGAAUUCAAAGCUGGCCAAAUUGGACGCCCAACUAUUACGGCAUCAAGAAGUGAUUUAUAAAGAGGAUUUCCAUUUGCAACAACUGGAGAGACGUAUCAGUCGCAUGCGGGGUGAGCAGAAUGAAGAGGAGAAAACGGCCCUGGAGGAACAGGUGCGUCAACUUAACGCGGAUUUGGAACAGCGCACGAAGACGGUUACCAUUCUCACAAAUGAACUGAGCAGCCUAAAAGGUGAAGUGUAUCGUGUGAAGAAAGAGGCCAGCACACUGCAAGAGAGACACAACAACGUGGAAAAUCGAAUGAAAACGAACGAGCUAGAAGUGGAUAUUGCCACGCGGGAAAAAGCGAAAAUGGAAACCGUGCUGCAUCGUCUACUGGUUGAACAGAAUUUGUUGCGCCUGGAAGUGAGACGUUUGCACGGGAUCUAUGAACGUCAUGCGAACAGAGCGGCUCAAGAAAAGGAAGAACUACAGCAACGAGGUGACGCGCUGGAUGUGGAAACGCGACGCGCGGAACAAGAGGUGAUUGCCCUGGAAAACACACUGGCCGUGAUGAACGGAUGCAAUCAGGUGUACCGAAUGAGUCAUGCCAAAUUGCCCGAGGAUUCAGAAGAAUUGCGACUGGACAAAGAGUUACGUGAGGAGCACCAGGUGUUGACCAUUAAGCUGCGCUACGAUAUGGACAAACUGUGCGAACUGAGACAAACAGAACAAGAUGAAUCAAUUGCAAUCACACGAGAAAUGGAACCAUAUUUGGAACAAAUAGAGGAACUAACACAAGAACUGGAAAGAAAAAAUCGGGAGAUUAUGGCCCAACGUGAACGCCUAACACGAGCUCAAAUUCGCCUGAAAAAAGCGAUCGCUAAGGCAGAACAAAAAGAACCCAGUCAGUUGGAACCGAUUCGAUCAGAUAUCCAGGUUCGUAUGCUGAAAGAAUAUGCCGAACAGUUGACACGCGACACAUUAAAUUGUGUCAAAUCGGACGAACAGAUUGUUGAUCAAGCUCAAAUACUCCUGUCCGCAUCGGGGAUACCCUAUCAACGCAUGAGCGGUCUACGCUCACGGCGUGGUUCACAAUUCUCCUCUGCCUCUUCUCACGUGACUAGUCCGUCAAUCGCGCGGAGUCCGGCUUCAUCGGGCACUGUGACCCCGGUCGAUCAGUCACGUGUUCCAAGUGCGCGAUCCAUGGAUUCACAAAAUCCACCAAUCAAAGAUCUGACCAUGUCCGGCGUCGAUGUGACAAUCCGUAGUAGUGUGAGCACGAGUACAUCCCAAAUGUAA